AUGAAGGUGGCCAUCUGUUAUAAGAGAGAAAUUGACUGCAUGAUCAAAGUGCGUGAAAUGGCUGGCAUUAUAAUCACCAGCGACUCGAACUCUUCUGCUGACAAGCAGUCAAAAGUUUGCAAAGAGAUCAGAAAAUCGUUCAACUCGUGGAGGGAGUCGAAGAACAAGCCUGUGGAGGCUAUCGAGGUGGAGUCGGAAGAAGAAGCUGAAAGGAUGAGAAAGGAGCGUCUCAGUAUGGGCAUCUACGAGGCUUGCCUGAUGCAUCAGAUGUUGGGGACCGAUAGGCUCAUCAAGGCUGGCCAUCCCAGGAUGUUCUUCCUCAUUACUGCCAGCAUGUGUGCGGGGUUUGCUAUCAGGGGUGAAUCGAAACUCAUCGAUGACGCGAGAAUACCAUACCACGUAAAGGGUCAACCCAAAUAA